CCGCGCGAGUUCCGGCUCGCUGCCCUCUAAGUAGGAAGCGCCUCUGCUUCUGGCUUCUGACAGAGAUGGCGACGUUGGCUGGCGAGAGCCGGGAGGCGUGGGAGCGGCUCGGCCUCUGGGAGCGGCUCCCUCGGCCCCUGGCGCCCCUCAGCGAGCGGCAGCUGGACUCCGUGGCAGCGCUGCGCGAAGCCUUGCCCGGCCUGCCCGCCCCGCCGGAGCUUCCCAUUGAAGAUUUAAGCAGCCUUGGGCAGCCAUCAUUAACUGUAACAUUGACAGCCAUGGUGCCACAAUCCACUGAAGAUAUAAUCUUGAAAGGAUUUUCUGUUUUGGGCAUGGAAAAUGAAAGAAUUGAAACUGCACAACAGUUCUUCUCAUGGUUUGAUCAACUUGGUACCCAAAUGGAUCAAGAUGAAGGGGCUAAGUACAGGCAGACAAGGCUUUAUUUAUCUGGUUUUGAAGAGCAGUGUGAUGCUAUAUUGAGUGAUGUGAACAGUGCUCUUCAGCACUUGGAAUCAUUGCAGAAGCAAUAUCUCUUUGUCUCAACCAAAACAGGAACACUCCAUGAAGCCUGUGAACAACUGUUGAAAGAACAGUCAGAGCUUGUUGAACUGACAGAAAACAUCCACCAGAAAUUGUCAUAUUUCAAUGAACUGGAAAAUAUUAAUACAAAAUUGAACUCCCCAACAUUGUCUGUAAACAGUGACGGUUUCAUCCCUAUGCUUGCUAAACUUGAUGACUGUAUUGCAUAUAUUUCAUCACAUCCAGACUUUAAAGACUAUCCUGUAUAUUUAGCUAAGUUUAGACAAUGCCUUUCUAAAGCCAUGCAUCUCAUGAAAACAUACACAGUGCAUACACUGCAGCACUUGACAAGUCAGUUAAUUAAAAGGGAUCCUUCUGUUCCACCAAAUUCAGAUAAUGCCUUCACUUUAUUUUAUGUAAAGUUCAGAGCUGCUGCACCCAAAGUCAGAACACUUAUUGAGCAAAUAGAGCAGCGAUCUGAGAAAAUGCCAGAGUACCAGCAACUGUUAAAUGAAAUCCAUCAAUGUUAUCUUGAUCAGAGGGAACAUUUACUGGGUCCUAGUAUUACUAGUACUGUAACAGAAUUAACCAAUCGCAACAACAGAGAUCAUUGUGCUUUGGUACGAAGUGGCUGUGCCUUUAUGGUUCAUGUGUGCCAAGAUGAGCAUCAACUGUAUGAUGAGUUCUUCACAAAACCAACAUCAAAACUAGAUGAACUUUUGGAAAAAUUAUGCCUGUCAUUAUAUGAUGUCUUCAGGCCAUUGAUUAUCCAUGUAAUUCACUUAGAAACACUGUCUGAGCUCUGUGGGAUUCUGAAAAAUGAAAUGCUUGAAGACCACGUGCAAAACAAUGCGGAACAGCUGGCUGCCUUUGCUGCUGGAGUUAAGCAGAUGCUGGAGGAUGUCCAAGAGCGCCUAGUCUACAGAACAUACAUCUAUAUUCAGACUGACAUUGCUGGUUACAAACCUGCUUCAGGUGAUCUUGCGUAUCCUGCUAAGUUGGAAAUGAUGGAGCAAAUUGCUCAGAGCUUAAAAGAUGAAGAGAAGAAGUUACCUGCAGAUGCUAUGAAGGUGGAUGAUCCAAAAACCUACAAUGUGGUUAAACUUGACACAUGGGAAUCCAGUAACCCCAGACUUCAGACUACAAUUUCACCUGCUGAUCUCCAUGGAAUGUGGUAUCCUACCGUCAGAAGGACACUUGUGUGUCUCUCCAAGCUUUACAGAUGUAUUGAUAAAGCAGUGUUUCAAGGAUUGUCACAGGAGGCCUUAUCUGCCUGUAUACAGUCAUUGUUAGCAGCUGCAGAGUCCAUCACUAAAAAUAAGACCCAGAUAGAUGGACAGCUUUUCUUGAUAAAACACCUUUUGAUUCUUCGUGAACAAAUUGCUCCAUUCCACACUGAAUUCACCAUUAAGGAGAUUUCUUUGGAUCUUAAGAAGACCAGAGAUGCCGCAUUUAAAAUCCUGAAUCCAAUGACAGUUCCACAUUUUUUUAGAUUGAGUAGCAGUAAUGCCCUCAUACAGUUUUUACUGGAGGGUACUCCAGAAAUCAGAGAACAUUACAUCGACUCUAAAAAGGAUGUAGAUCGACACCUCAAGUUUGCCUGUGAGCAGUUCAUUCAGCAGCAAACUAAGCAACUUGUAGAACCUCUGGAGGAAUUCCUUGCAAAGGUAUCUGCUUUGAAGACAGUGGCUACUCAAAAGGGUCCAAAAUACAACCUCUCCCAGCAGCCUUGGGCACAACCAGCAAAGAUCAGCGACUUGGUAUCUUCAACAUACAAGACAAUAAAAACAAAACUCCCAUCAACUUUACAGAGUAUGUCCCUGUAUUUAGCCAAUAAAGACACAGAAUUCAUUUUGUUCAAGCCAGUAAAAAACAAUAUUCAGCAAGUGUUUCAGAAACUGCAUGCUCUUUUGAAUGAAGAAUAUAGUAAGGAAGAUCUCCAGAUCAUAGCUUGCCCUUCAAUGGAACAGGUAAACCUGCUGUUGUCUGUAACAAAGUAGCCUGGUGAUGCCUUUUGAGAGGCCUUUGAACUACGCACCUAGCAGUGAGGAAGACAUAGACCAUUGAUUAGAAAUCAACAAGAUUUGCUAUGUCGUCUUAUUCCUUUUAACUUAGUCCAACUGUUCUACUACCACUUGUUCCAGAAGAAGAUGACCAACAAAACUGCUUUUAUUUUAUAUUGCAAAGCAGUACUACUAAAGUUUCAGGGCACUUCAGCGCUUAUCAUCAGCUUCUUUCUUGAGCAGAAAUUCUCACCAGGAAUUCCAUCCCAAGUGCUGCUCCAGUCCACAUCCAUUUACACAUACAGUGAAUACAUCUUUUAAGGGGAAUAUGUUGAAACAAAAUUGUGAGGACCCAUUUUAAAGAAGCGGGAAUCCAAGUCUCCUAUAUGUCAGACAUACUCCAGUUUGUAUGCAUACAGUGUUUUCCAUAUUUCAGUAACAUUUUCUGGAAGGCAGAGUAACGUGUGGCAAAUCCUGUGUUGCUGAUGAGUGGUAAAGGCAUAUUAUGGUAUAUUUCUCAUUUUGGGUCAUUUCACUGUAAUAUUGGUGCAUAUGAGGCUAAGUCUUGAGCAUAAUGAAAAAUACGAUGUUGGCUUCAUAUUUAUGAAUCUUCCAUAAUUUCUUUGAAAAUUCCAUUAUUUGUGAUGUUUGUGCAUUCUCUUAUUCUGGAAAUGAACUUAUUUGCCAUAAAAAGAACACAGGGUAUGAGUACAGUAUGUACAGAGAACUCAUAGCUAAUUUCAGAUUUUUAACUAAUCAUAAGAGUGGGGCCUUUCAGAAUAUAAAUAUUUGUGGGAUGGGAAAUGCAAUCAAACUGCCAAAUGACAAUUUCAUUAAAUAGAGAACACUUAUUAAGUGGAUUCCCCCCCUUUUUUCAUAGAUAGUAGUGUUGUGCAUUUGGAGUAAACCUUGACCCGUUUGAUGUCCUGGCUUUUGGUGGGGGCUCCGAUCUGUUUUUUGAGAGCCUUCCGAAAUUUUCGGUUUGGGGCCUUGAAAGAUCCAUUUUCUAUCAGAUCAUAAUGGGGUGGGGUUUCCCACCCAGGCUCCCCUUCCUGGGGCGUGCUUUAAUGAGGCUUCUUACUUGCUGUUUCUACUCUAGAGGAGGUGCUCAGCUGCAGGUACUGGAAGGUGCGCACGCUUUCUGGACCUUCAUGCCACGCCACACACACACUCUCCUUGGAAAGAGAGUGCGUGUGUAGUGUGCAGGCCCAGAAAGUGCGUACACGCCUGCUAGUGCCUGUAGCCAAGAGGCACUCGGCUGCAGACGAAAGCAGGCUUGGAGCCAGGAUCGGCUCCAGCUUGCUUUUGUGUUGAGUUUAUUUUUAUGCGGGGAGGGAGCUUCUUGUUUUGUGGUCCCGAACUAACGAAAGAAACAAAUGAAACAAGAGAAAUGAAUUCAGCACACAACUCUCAUAGAUAGGUCGUAACUUGAAACCUGUGUGCACUGGGAAGCCACUACUGACAGUGACUUUGAUGCACACCUCAGUUCAUGCAAAUUAUACAUUCCUGCAAUUUGUCUCUUGUGGUUGCAUGCAAGAACCACAGUGCCUGAUGGAAACUGAGACUGCAGAGUGGGGUCGCUUUCUCCCUCUUGUGAAUUAAAGAAAGCAUUUUCAGAGAAUUAGUUUUUGGUGGUAUACCCUUUUACAAAUUCUAGCAGAUUUAAGAUAGAUAAAAAAGAGUAAUGGCUCUGAACAAAAUAAAUCUGAAUUUGAGCUAUUUUUCAAUGAUGAACAUGUAAAAAUGAAUAAACUUUUGUUAAGAUUUGAUAAAGGAAAAGAACAUGUUAAUUGUGGGGAAAGAUAUGGUCAAAAGUGUUAAAAUUUAUAUUAUGCUCUAAACAGAUUUUAAAUAAAAUGAUGCAUCACUGGUACAUGACCCUGGAGGGAAACUGGCUAGAAUGCAAAAAGAUGUGAAUGAUGUGAGGGGACAUUGAGGCUCUGAACUGGAUCAUAUGCAGUGUAGACUCAUACAAUCCAAUUCAAAGAAGAUAAUUUGGAUUCAGAAACUGGACUAUAUGGCAGUGUAGAUCCAACCUAAGUCAUAUGUUGUGGUAAUGUGAAUAAGCUAAAAAGUAUUGGGAUCAAGUGCAUUUCCUAAUGCACAGGACUUUAAAUGUUAGCCAGUUAAACCCAAAACUCCUCCUUUGGGGCUUAUGGCUGAGCAACAGGAAAGGGAACAUAGAAGAGUCCUACAAUAAAGGAUACACAGAGCAAGACUGGCAUAUGCAUAAAGAUGGAAGAACUCCACAGCAACCACGAUAUGAGCUUGGGCUAAUAUUUAUUAAAUCAUUUACACAAUAGAACAUGCUUUCAAUUCAGUAUUUUUAUUAAUUGCCAAUAAUAAUCCACUGCAAUGAGAAAACAAAACACGAGUUGGUUCUGGUUUUGAAGUGUGUGAGCAUGAACGCAAAUGUGCAUUAACUGAAAAAUCCAUAUGGAUAGCUAAUACUGUCAAGCACGUUUUUUGCAGAGUAGAUUAGUCCAAUCCUCUAAUUGUAGUUCCAGACCUAAAUUCAAUUAACAUUGCUGCAGGUAAUGAGUGCAAAUCAAAAGCAUUUUAAAAGUCCAUUAAAACACACAAAGAUGUCACUGAAUGGGACUCCAUCCCAUGCCUAAACCACAAGAACUGUCGGGAGCUAUAAAUAUUUCCAGUGACAUUUAAGCACUAACCAUCCUUGGUAAUGAAAAUGUGAAUUCUCCACCAUGGUGGAAACAGCAUUGUCUAGCUUUGUGUAUUAAUUUAUUAAUUUAGUUUAUUAAUUUAUGUUUUGAUAAGCUUUGUUAAUUAAAGUGACUCAAAGUGAUAUUUGAUAAUAAGUAAAAAUGGGAAAUUCCUUCUUUUCUCCUCUUAAAAAAUCUUUCAGUCAUUUUUUUCAAUAUAAGAUUUUUAAAUCUAUACAAAACCAAAUGUACAUAUUUACAUUCAUAAUAUUAAAGCACUUCAUGUUUGGCUGUUCCGGGAUGGGGAGGGGAGUCAGCAACAGAGAAAUCCUGAUAUUUUGGAUCCUUGCUAAUAGCAACAGAGAAAUCCUGAUAUUUUGGAUCCUUGCUAAUAAACACAUAAAAGAGAAUUGCUAGCAUCAAGACCGUGAUUUAGUUGUCAUUGUUGUCAGUGAAACUAUAAAAACAGCAGCAGGAAAAAAGGCAUUUUAUAUUUUAAAAUGUUAUUGUAGAGUCCCUUUUCUUUUUCAACCAACUAUGAAGAAACAUCUGUUUUAUUUCAAUUUGUGAAAGUAACAUUGAGGAUCAGAUGGUUUACUUCUAAGGAACUGUGUACAAGGGGUGCUCUUAUUAAUUCAAGGAGCUCAAAAUGAAAGUAGCUUUGGACAUCGAAUUACACAAACGGUUGCUUCUGGUUUGUUUUGAAGAGGCAGGCAAUCAUUCCAUUUGCAACCAAUUCUUUUAAAAGGCACAUUCAGAAACAUGUCAGCAUUUGCUCCAGAGUGAGAAAAUUCCUGUGAUGUAAUCUAGUACCUCAUAUGUGCGGUUGCAUAAUGUGACGCUCAGUCAAAAGUGUGAGAACCACAGAAGGGGGAAAGGAACCGCAAUAGGAAGAUUGUUUUGAGGGCAGCGGGGAGGUGGAAUGUUUCCUCAAAUCAGGGCAAUGAGCCAGUUUUGCUUCUCCUGCUAAUUGAGAGUCAAAGCAGGAAACCAGCUUAUACAAGGCAUCAAUGCAAUCAACAUCCCCUUAUUCUCAAAAAAGAAAACAAACCUCCUGCAGCUAGUUCAAAGGAUAAGAAAAAAAGUGGCAGCAACAAUGUUCUUAUUUGUUCUAUGCAGGGCUCAAGCAAAGGUAACACUUGCACUAGUUGGAAACAUUUGCUUUGGGGAGCUUGUAAGGUGCUGUUCUGACUUGAUUUGGGCUGAAACAUGCAAUGUUGAACGUCUAAAUUUCUCACAGGUAAUCUGGAUUAAAAUCCUAUACAAAUAAUUUUGUGGUUUAAAAAUUUAAGGAUAAUUUCUUUACAUUCAGUGUUCCUGUUGGUGCCCCUGUCUUUUCUGAGUCUGGUUAUUACUUCCCUUCUGUGCCUUUCCACAAUCAAGUACAGUAGAGUCUCACUUAUCCAAGCUAAACGGACCGGCAGAAGCUUGGAUAAGCGAAUAUCUUGGAUAAUAAGGAGGGAUUAAGGAAAAGCCUAUUAAACAUCAAAUUAGGUUAUGAUUUUACAAAUUAAGCGCCAAAACAUCAUGUUAUACAACAAAUUUGACAGAAAAAGUAGUUCAAUACGCAGUAAUGUUAUGUCGUAAUUACUGUAUUUACGAAUUUAGCUCCAAAAUAUCAUGAUAUAUUUAAAACAUUGACUACAAAAAUGGCUUGGAUAAUCCAGAAGCUUGGAUAAGCAUGGCUUGGAUAAGUGAGACUCUACUGUAUUAUUACUUAAAAUAUCACUAUUACUGUUCAUAUAUUUUUGUCAAAGCAAAGCUGUUGCCGAUUAGCGAAAGGCUGAUAAAAUUAACAGCUGUAUGACUGAUAAAAUCUUUAGAUUCCCCAAACUCCGAUACUGCAAAAAGUAGCACGUUGGUAAUAGAUCUGAUUUGCAUAUUUUGCUUUAGGUAGGACUGGAGAGCAAGACUCAACCACUUCUACCACACCAAGGAGCCCCCAGUGGUGCAAUGGGUUAAACCCUUGUACUGGCAGGACUGCUGACUAAAAGGUUGGCAGAACUCCCGUCUGUCAGCUCCAGCUUCACAUUCGGGGACAUGAGAGAAGCCUCCCACAGGAUGAUAAAACACCUGGGCAUUCCCUGGGCAACGUCCUUUCAGACUGCCAGUUCUCUCACACCAGAAGUGACUUGCAGUUUAUCAAGUCACUCCUGACACACACAAAACCUGCACUAGAUGGGCAUGCAGGCUAGGCUACAUCUGUAUGGCCUCAUGAUCUUCACUCUCAGCCUAUAGUGAAGAAGAGUAAAGUGCUAGCCCUGGAGAAAAGAGAACUAAUGUGGGAGAGGAAGUUGUGAGGAAAUGGAAGCCUGACACUUGGAAGCCUGCUCACUUGCUUCAAAUGUUGCAUUAAGCAUGAACACAUUUCCCCAAGGACUGGGAAUCCUCUUGAUGGGAAGAAUGAAAAGUUCAUUGGGAGUGAGAUUGAGAUGUCAUGGGGAUUACAGAAAACUAGCUGACGUGCAGUGACAAGGAUGAGAAUGUGCUCUUCAUGCUUGGGAAAGUGCUCUUCACACUUGAGAAUGUGCUCUUCCCUUCCAACCAGGUUUCCAGACACUUGCCUCCCCUUUCAAAGGCACAGAUUCCAAAGGAAGGGAACAAGAUCUCCCUGAAAUUUUGACAGGAUAAAAUUGUAGCCUCGCUGUCUACCAGCCGAGAUGCAGUUAAAAAGUUUGUAACACACAAAAUAAAAAUAAAUCCACCAGCUGUUCACAUUUUGUCCUGGCCACAAACACAAACAUUGUUUCACCACAUUCUGUUUCUUUCACUCAAUGUCACUGUGAAGAGUAAUAUAUAGGUACUGAAUGAAAGCUAAGCCUCAUCACAUCAUCUGCUGGAAAAUAAAAACAUACCCACACAGCACUGGAGAAAGCUUGACUUCUAUUUUCUCUGUCCCAGUCAACCUCCAAAGGAGAAGCGAGCUUUGCGCCGAUCUUGCCACAUUCCAAAUCCAUUUCUUUUCUCUCUCUCAUGUCAUUCACAAAAUUCUUUAAAAAAAUUAAAUCCACCUUUUCACAUCAGUCUCCAUCCUAAUCUCUCUCACGGUCCCUCUCUCUUGAUUAAAGGAACAGAAAAAGAAUGGCUUUUAAAGAGAUAAAAGUUUCACAUAGUUGCCUGGGAAAGUACCAAAUUGUUGUGUUCUUCUGGAUGUGCC